ACCACAAGAACUUACACGUGUUCGUGACGAUAAAGCGGAUGCGACGGUGUCGAAAAGGCGACAUAUUCAGUGCACAGUUGGCGUGUCCAUUUCACUGAUCGGGAGAUAAAGCUAAAGGCCAUGCGUUAUCCAGUGUUUCGAUCGCGCAAAUCUUGAAAUUGUAUUAAUGAUCUCCGUCACUAGAGCACGUUGCGACGCCCGGCAAAUUUCGAAGAGUGUUUGUGCAAGUAGCUGUUUAACACGUACCGGUUAGAGAAGAAUUGAACCGUGAAAAAUACAAUUCCACGAAGAAACGCAGUUUUUCAUUGUUUUUUGAACCAACGUGUUUGCGACCAGCAACGAAGAGACUCAAUCAUCGACGCUGCCUUAAACCAAAGCUGCAUGGCAACGAUAUUGCGAUAGUGAGAAAAUGUCCAGAAAGCGUCCCAGAGAAGAAACUAUGCUGGCUACUGUAUCCCACCAGAAUAGUGUAAAUGGAGAAAAUGCGUCCUGUUCCAGGGAAGAUUCUCCGAUUCAUGCUUCUAUCUGUAAAGAAGCACCUUUCAGUGAUGAUUUAGAGGCAAUUGCAGAGAGGAAUGCGUGUGAUUAUAACACACGAAUUACCUUAAAACAAGCAAAAAGCGGUAAAGCUCCUAGGAAAAUUAGAGUCUAUGCUGAUGGCAUUUAUGAUUUAUUUCAUCAAGGACAUGCGCGGCAACUAUUACAAGCCAAAAAUAUUUUUCCAAAUGUUUAUCUUAUUGUCGGAGUGUGCAACGAUGAAUUAACACACAUCAAGAAAGGAAGGACUGUAAUGACAGAUUUAGAAAGGUAUGAUGCUGUUAGACAUUGCAGAUACGUAGAUGAAGUUGUUCGAGAUGCACCUUGGGAGCUUGAUGAUGAAUUCCUUAAAAAGCACAAGAUUGACUUUGUUGCUCAUGAUGAUAUACCGUACAUGACGGAUGAUGCGGAAGAUGUUUAUGCUAAGUUAAAGGCUAAAGGUAUGUUUGUAGCUACACAGAGAACGGAGGGAGUGUCCACUUCGGAUAUAGUUGCAAGAAUAGUCAAAGAUUAUGACAUGUAUGUCAGAAGAAAUCUUGCACGAGGCUACAGUGCCAAGGAACUUAACGUUUCUUUUCUCAAUGAGAAGAAGUUUCGCCUACAAAAUAAAUUUGAUGACCUAAAAGAUAAAGGAAAACGAGUGAUGGAAAAUAUUGGUGAAAAACGGAUGGAUAUGAUAAGCAAAUGGGAAGAGAAAUCUCGGGACUUUAUCGAUGCAUUCCUUUUACUGUUUGGAAGAGAAGGCAGAUUGUCAACAAUAUGGAAUGAAAGUAAAGGCCGUUUGAUGCAAGCGUUAUCACCACCAGCAAGCCCAAAGAGGGAUGGCAGUCCAAACAGCAGCAGUAAUAGCAGCCAUAAUGAUGAAGAUCAGACAAGUCCACCACCUAAGAAGACAGGACGCUAUGAGUUUCCUCAAAAUAUUCAUUAUUUAAGCGAUGAUUAUAGCGAUGAUGAAGAGGAGCACCUACACUCUAAAUGAUAACUGAUUAUAUUAAAAGAGAUAUGUUUUUCUCUGACCAAAAAAAUUAUGCUAUUUUUAUUUACUAUCUUGAGGUUUAGAUGUAUUUUCAUACAACAUGAAAUGCUGAUAGAGAGCAAUGCUAUGCUUAAUAGUUUUUGUAUGGUAUGGGCAAAUACUAUACAUUAAACAAAAUUGGCUGUUGUGAUGUGAAAGUUUAGUGUGAUUUUGUAGAUUUUAUUACUUAGAU